UAACAACAAUUUUCCCAGAAUUGAACUCCCACGAUCCACUCAACCCUAAUAACUGCAUCCUUUCUGCGGGUGAGUUCCACAUCCCAGCAUUUUACCCCUCCAAACACUUCGGCAGCAGGAUUUCGGUACACCUCGGACAUGCGCACUAUCCAUCCCUUCGCAUCCCACGUGAGCGACCACCGACUGGAAUCGCCACGACAUCGGCAAUCACAUCUCCGGCUCGGUUGCUCGGCAGCUGCUGGGUCCCCCCACAUGAUAUCCUUUCGGAAGCUGGCCUGCUGCUGACGACGAUGAGAUGCUGCCGAACGACGACGGUAUGCAACCUUAACCUACAGUACACACUGCGACCGUUCGUGCCGACGAUGCGAUGUCGCCGUCAGCAACAACGGCCAGGUUAGUUCUUCUGGCGCCUUCAAACGGGACGUUUGCGUAGUAUUCGCGCGCGCGGUUCUCCAGGCUGACGACAACGACGACGACGACGACGGUUUGGUCGACGGUUCGCUUCCCAAUAACCUAGAUCUGUGUGCGGUUGGAGGGUCCCUCGGGCAGGUGGUUGAAAACUGGAUCAGUGAUGUGAUUUGUGCGGUUGAACGGUGUAGCUGUGCGGGAUGCGUCUCAAUUAUUCAACGGUUGUUUGGACGAACGUUCCCUGGUAGCUAAAGUUUCCAAGAGAUGCUGAAGUGCUGAACGAUAACAGACAGAUCGCUGUCAUUCCACCUGAGGGACUUCGAAGAAGUACCGAGCCGAACUUUGCUACUUCUGGUUUCGCCAUUGUCUUCCGGAGAUCCAUCGGGUGGUGAAUAAAUAAUUCGAUAAUGAAAACAUAAUCUGAUUAAAGCUGUUGAAGAGAAGAGGGCAAACCCUAGCUGACGCGAUGAAGAGCUUCCAACGAAACAUGGGGUGGUGAGCUCAGUGGAGCGUGGAUGAUAUGAUUAUACCAUCCAACAGUGGGAAGCAGCAGAAGAUGUCGAAUAAUGACGAAGGGUUGUUCUAGUAACCGUAAUGAUGAUAAUGAUAACAACCGUGUAACCGUCGUGGAUGCUGUUCGAGGGAAGAAGCUUGAACGUGGGAAAUACAGCGCUCACGCAUAACCGUCAAUCGUCGGUUAUUCGGUAAUUUGCUUAUCGGUGUGAUGCGGAACACGAAACCGAGAUUUUCCGAAAGGCCUAAUGCCGGUUCUGCUGUUUGCUGGGGCCACCGUGUAAUUCUGCAGCAGAACUUGAAUGCCAGAGCCGAGUAAGAGUGAGAGAGCAUUCCGAGGUGCAACAGGAAAUUGGCCGUGAUUUAUGAGUUCAGUGAACAUGAUUCAGUGCAGUUUAGGCGAAGAGUUAUUGCAACGCUUGUUCUGUGUGCGGAGGAAUGCGAUGCGGUGGAGCUGAAGAGUGCAUCUGUAGUGCUGCCACUGCUAUUUGGUGCAACAAAAGGAUGCACAGUGCUGUGAAUACGUACAAAUAGUGCUCUAUAUCCACGUAUGUACUAGUGUCUAGGUCUGAUGCUUGCAUGUGCGCCGUUGGCAGUGAAAAACGAGCAAAGUUUCCCAUCGAUUGAAAACCGGGUAGGCAGAUUAUUACACAAGCGUAGUAAAACCAUUCGUGAAAACAAUCGCCGAAAAAUAUCUCUCAGCUGUUCAUUUAAAGCCGGAUGUUGCACUUAAUAUAUUUCGGUGUUAGUUGUGCUUCAGUGUCGGAAGUUGGAAGCCGAAUAGAAGUUUAAAGCUGAUACAACAGAAGUGGUGGUGCAUCCAGAGCUGAUACGUAUUGAUUCGAGACGGGAGCAACGAAAGCAAGUCAGCUCGGUACCUGGAAGCUGUGAUUGAGAGCACUGGCAAGCAUAUUGCGUCGUCCACGUGGAAAUCCGCCUCCCAAUCUGCAGCACGAAAGGUACAAUCGUGCUGAAAACUAUCCCUCCCGUUCGGCAUAGGCAAGACAUUCCGGUGGCUUUUUUGCUCUUCAAACCAGAUGAGCACACAAAAAAAUCCCCAUCGUCGCCAAGUAGAAAAUAAAGUUGUUAUACAGUUCUGGAGGGGCGCAGCAAAGCCGGAAUCCACUGCCGGUGUGGCUCUGGCUUGGUUUAACGACUCCGGGAAUAAUAGUUGAAAAAGUGAACGUACACUACUGGGACAAAAAUCCGAAGCUGAGUUUUUUUUUUUCGGGGGAAAAUUAUGCAACAUAGCCAAAGUGGUGAAUAAAUAAAAAAAAAUACACUGGUUCACUCCGGAGACGGUGCAGUCCGCCGGGAAAGGCAAGCUCGCAGGGGAUGCUGCAAAAUUCUACUCACUUUGUGCAAGUGCAUCGCUGGAGCAAUCUACGUGAGUGAGAGGACGAAGGGCGAGAAAAAAAUCCAUUGUUUGUUAGUGUUUUCUGGUGAUUUUUUUUGCUCAUUCAUUGGAUGCAAAGUGUGGCAGGGCAGCACGAAAAUAAAAUCACGACGUGAAGUGAGAAGAGAGUGAAGUGUGCAUGUGGAAGCUGUUUCAACUUCAAUAAUCGUCCUUUUGGUGGUGCUGCUGUGGCGUGGCGACGGUGGUGUUGGUGGUGCAUCAUCCUGACGAAGCCCGUGAGCUGAAUGCGUCGUCCUCGAAGCCUUGGCAAAAGCUCGGCAGCCCAGCAAGAACGAUGACGGUGAAGCAGAUGGUGACCAGGAUGCGGAUGACAGAGACGACGACGACGACCACAGUGGAAGGACAAAGCUGCUGCCGGUGGCAUCGGCGGCCAGGACAACGGCGACCGACAAACAUGGGGAUUAUUAAAAUAGCCUUUUUCCUGGUCUGCUACUCGGUGGCAUCCACAAUGUUCGGAUUAGCAAAAGCCAAACAUACGAGCAGCCAUGAAAAUCAACCUGAACUCAAUAACGAAGCAAAUUUUCCACGAUUCGCUGAACCCAUCCCCAACAUAACCGUAACGAUCGGGCGGGACGCACUGCUGGCUUGCGUGGUGGAAAAUCUCAAAGGAUAUCGGGUCGCCUGGGUUCGGGUCGACACCCAGACCAUCUUAUCCAUUCAUCACAAUGUGAUAACGCAGAACCCCCGGAUCAGCCUGACGUACAACGACCACCGGUCCUGGUAUCUGCACAUCCGGGACGUGGAGGAGAGCGACCGGGGCUGGUACAUGUGCCAGGUCAACACCGACCCGAUGCGGUCACGGAAGGGCUACCUGCAGGUCGUCGUGCCACCCGCGAUUGUGGAAUCGCUGACGAGCAACGACAUGGUCGUCCGGGAGGGAACCAACGUAACGCUGACGUGCAAGGCGAAGGGCUUCCCGGAACCGUACGUGAUGUGGCGCCGGGAGGACGGUGACGAGAUGGCCAUCGGAGGCGAGAAUGUGAAUGUGGUGGACGGAGAGGUGCUUCACAUAACUCGAGUGAGCCGGCUGCAUAUGGCAGCGUACCUGUGCGUGGCGUCCAACGGAGUGCCGCCGUCCAUUAGCAAACGGGUGCAGCUGAGGGUGCAAUUUCCCCCGAUGCUGUCGAUCCCGAGCCAGCUGGAAGGCGCCUACCUCGGUCAGGACGUAAUCCUCGAGUGCCACACGGAGGCAUAUCCGGCCUCCAUAAACUACUGGACGACGGAACGGGGUGAUAUGAUAAUUUCCGAUACAUCCCGGACGGGCGAUAAGUUUGAAACGUUGUCGCGGAACACCGGCUACACCAAAUAUAUGCAGCUGAAAAUUAGGACCGUGGGUCCGUCGGAUUUCGGCUCCUACCGGUGUGUAGCGAAAAAUUCCUUGGGCGAAACAGAUGGGUUGAUCAAGCUGGAUGAGAUACCGGCGCCUACGACAAUAUUGACAACCGAAUCGCUCUAUAACAAUCGAUCGAAAGGUCGGAAAGCAAACAAAAAGCUGGAUCCACUAAUGGUUGGAGACUACGGUGUCGAGGAGUGGAAGGAGAAUGGCCACUCGAUACGACAUCCCCCGGGGGCAUUCCACAACGCGGCAGGGACCAUCCGAUGCGCCGUUUCCAGCACAGCGUUGUGGCUGCUUCUGUUACUACCAACAAUCCUGCUGGUCGGCGGCCCAUCGGUAACGUUACGAGUGCCCGCCGCUCGAAUCAACAGAUGAAACUGAGAAAAUUGUGCAGCGGUAGUAAUCCCUCGUGCAAAAUCGACGACGACAACGACGCCAUCAUCACAUCAUAUCGGCAACAGCCAGCCUGCUUCGAGGAAUCAUCAUUAACAACG